AUGCGAAACGAGCGUGGCUGUGUUGUGAAGAUGCUAAUCACUGUCGUGAUAUCAUUUGCGAUCUGCUGGUUGCCCUACCACAUUUAUUUUCUCCUUGGAUGGUUAUACAAGGACAUUUAUCGAUGGAAAUAUAUACAGCAGAUUUAUUUGGGAGUGUUUUGGUUAGCAAUGAGCUCUACCAUGUACAAUCCCAUCAUUUACUGCUGUCUAAAUAAAAGAUUUCGGACAGGCUUCAAACGUGCAUUCUACUGGUGUCCUUUCAUUAGCAUUUCCAGUGAAGAAGAACUUGAUCUUAAGUUAACAAGAAGACCAAGCAGCAUGUACAGUGUGGCUUUCCAAAACCUGAGAACUGCUUCUCUUGAUCACAAGCAGAAAACCUGCAUACCAAACAAUGUGGCUGUCUCUCACAAUCUGUCCUGUACUCAAAAUGCAUCCGAAGCUGGUAAACAAUACACAUCAAAUAACACAGAAUUUCUUAACUAACAAACAUUGAAAAACAUGUGUAAAGAUAAUCAUACAAACAUUGAAAAAUAUGUGUAAAGAUAAUCAUACAAACAUUGAAAAACAUGUGUAAAGAUAAUCAUACAAACAUUGAAAAACAUGUGUAAAGAUAAUCAUACAAACAUUGAAAAAUAUGUGUAAAGAUAAUCAUACAAACAUUGAAAAACGUGUAAAGAUAAUCAUACAAACAUUGAAAAACAUGUGUAAAGAUAAUCAUACAAACAUUGAAAAACAUGUGUAAAGGUAAUCAUACUCAUCUUUCUGGAAUACUCGGUAGAAGAUCUAUACAUCUCAGAUGCUGUAUAUCAAGACUAUGCUAUACUAUUUUCAUAAAAUUUCUCUCCAGUUUUCAUAUCAGUAACAACAAAGGUUUAUUAUAAGAAAGUAUAACAUAGUGAAUAGUGCUUUAUACUAGCUCAACUCAAAUGCCUGUAUUCAUGUUCACUGACUUCCAUAUGCUGUAUCUGGCAUCAGGAAUGUGACAACAUGAAUAUGUUUUCAGUAGAGAUACUUACACUGUUGACAUGAGAAAUACAUUACUUAUAGAUUCAGCUUUACAGAUAACUGACAACUCUAUGAACUGUAUUCCAAAUGUGUUAUUAUAAGUAACUUAAAAUAAAUGGACACGUGAAGAGAAGACUAUUCAAUGACUGCAGCUGUAUGGCACCGGUUAGCAAGCGCUGUCUAUUCUUGAUGGAAACGUCUGCAUGCAACCAUCUAAUUAUUAACAUUUUUUAAAUGUAAACUAAAUUUGUAGAAAGGAGGACUGGCAAGA